AUGGAAAAUGAUAUUGCAGUAUGCCUUAUAUCUGAAAUGCCAGUACAAAGAAGUAUUACUACACAAUGGGCACUUAGCUCCGAUGGCCUCAGUGGUAUUUAUCAUAGACCAGAAAUCUCUGGAUAUCUUAUGAUUCCCAGAACAAGUUUGCCGGGAAUAGUAGCUGUUGAUUUUGGUGAAUUAACAAUAAUUUCUUGCUACUUAUCUCCUAACUGGGAUAGAGCUGAAACACUGGAAUACUUUGACAAUUUAUCGGAUAUUGUGGACUCUUUGAAUAAACCUGCAAUAAUUGCAGGAGAUCUAAAUGCGAAGUCUCCAAUGUGGGGCUCCCUUAAUACGAACUCAAGGGGGAGACUACUCGAAGAUUGGAUCUCAGAAAGAGACUUGUGUAUAUUAAAUCAAGGAUCGUCCCCGACAUGUGUUCGACCGCAGGGUUCUUCUGUAAUUGACGUAACAUUGUGUACUGCUGGCAUGGUUCGCCUUGUCCACAACUGGAAAGUCCUAACUCAUAAAGAGACAUUAUCAGAUCACUAUUACAUAUAUUACGAAAUAAAUACUUGUACGACAAAUGUAAAUAGUGUAAAUAUGACUAGAAAAGGUAAUGUAAAUAGUGUAAAUAUGACUAGCAACGGUAAUGUAAAUAGUGUAAAUAUGACUAGAAACUCACCUAAAAUGACUAGGAAAAAGACUAGAAUAUCUGUUAACAAAAUCCAUAGUGGAUACAUCAAGACAUGGUCCUGGAAGAAAAUCAAUGAAGAAGACUUUCGUGCUGCGAUUAUAUGGCGUAUCCCGGAAAUCAUGAGUGAGCUCUCUAAAGGUGCUAUAGAUCUCAAUGCUGCAUCUGAGAAGAUUAAACAGAUUCUUGCGGAUGCAGCCGACUUUACUGCUAAGAAGAAAAGUAAUAACUAUAUUAAGAGAUCCUCAUAUUGGUGGAACUCGGAAAUAGAAGAUACUAGAAGAAACACGCUCUCUGCUCGACGAGCAUGGACUCGAUAUAAUAGAAAGCGUAAUAAAGAUGAUUUUGAUGAGCGUACUCUAUUAAAUUUACGAGAAAAUUUUAAAACAUUGAAAGCUGAAUUACGAAAUAAAAUAACUCAGGCUAAAAUUAAUGCUUGGAAUGAAUUACUUCUAAUUAUAGAUGAAGAUCCUUGGGGACUUCCAUUCAAAAUCGUAAUGAGUAAAGCUGAGGAAAUCUUCCCCAGCCUUAACAGAACUGGAUAA